AUCAGAAAUUUUAGAGAUCUUGAAAGAUAAGAAGAUGAAGAAAAGUCAAAAGUCUUUCCUGCUUUUGCCACUGGUGCUUUGAUUUUUUUUUUUACUUGAUUUUCUUUCCUUAUUUUGGAGCAGUAAAAGCGACCCAACUCAAUCUUCGUGAAUACCAGUUGAUUUGAAGUGUCUGUUAUUAUACUGCUUUGUACAAGCAAUAACCCACAGUCGAAGACAUGAUUCUGCAUAAAUCAUUGUUUGGCAACAACAAAACCAUGGCUAUGGCAGAAGCACAUCAAGAUUAUAUCCAGGAAUACUUAGACUUCGCCAUUCAGUUGGCUAAAGAAGCCGGCGCGAUCAUCAAGGCAGCUGUUGAUUCUCGCAUGGCAGGAACAGGUUCCAGUGUCGAAGUGAAGAAGAACAAUCCAACCGACCUAGUCACCGAAACAGACAAGGCUGUCGAAGAAUUCAUCAAGAAUCGUUUGAACAAGACAUAUCCUGAUCACAAAUUCAUCGGUGAAGAAACUUUCGCAAGCGGUGCCAAAACAGAAUUCACUGACCUUCCUACUUGGAUUGUAGAUCCAAUAGAUGGCACCACCAACUUUGUUCACGGUUAUCCUUUUGUAGCCGUGUCUAUCGGCUUUACCAUCAACAAAAUACCAACCAUUGGUGUUGUAUACAACCCACUUUUAGAUGAACUCUAUUCAGCUGCCAAAGGAAAAGGCGCCUAUCUUAACGAAACCAAACGACUUCCUCUUUUCCAUCCUGCUCCGCCUUUGAUUGAUUUGGGUCACUGUCUCGUAUCCACAGAGGCCGGGUCUGAUCGUUCUAAAGCCGUAAUCGAUGCGAAAAUCAGCGCCAUUCACAACAUUGUGUGCAAAAAGUCCAAGGAACAUCCCUUUGGAGCAGAAGCACAUAGCAUCCGUACUACCGGUUCAGCUGCUAUCAACCUGUGUCAUAUUGCAAAGGGAAUUACAGACGUAUAUUGGGAAGUUGGCUGUUGGGAAUGGGACGUAGCAGCAGCGAUCGUUAUCGUGAUGGAGUCUGGUGGUUUGGUAAUGGAAGGGGAUCAUGAUAAAACGAAUAUCGAAAGACCGGUCAACAUUUUCAGCCGUAAAUAUUUAGCAAUUCGUGCUGCUGAAGAUAGACAAGAGCAGCUCAAAGUCGCAGCACAAAUGAAAGAUUUGAUUCCUGAAAUUGAUGCACCUCGUCCUCCUGUACCUGGAGGAUUCGAAUAGAGGAGAAAGGCUUUGCUGAAAGAUAGACUAGUGUAUUUAUAUACUUUGCUAACAUCUGCUCUGUAUGUUUAUGUAUAUUAUACGAAUUAACCAUAAUAAAAUGAGUAUUAGAAAAGGAUUUUAUUGUCCGUUUUAAAGUAAUGAC